UUGCCCUAGUAUCCUUUCUCUGCUCUCUCCGUCUCUCCCUCGCCUCCAAGCUCUCUUCGUUCGGUGAAUCAUGGAAGAAAUAGUUAGGGCCCCGAAAUAAGACGCUUGGACUUGUUCCUUUCUGCCUUCUAGUGUUUUGCGGUGCUGCAAGUUCAUUACCGCGAGGUUUUCGCAUCCUAUUAGGGUUUGAGAUUGAUCAGAUCGUCGCGAUGGCGGGUGCGAAGCAAUCGAAGAGGGUUUCUUGGGCCCCUGGUCUGAACCUGUGUCAGGUAAGAUUAUUUUUAUCAGAGGAUGCCCCCUCCCAAUCUGGACUUGGAAGCCAAGACCACCUACAGGCAAAACCCGCAUGGCUGCUGCACUCAACCCCCCCAGCCUCUGAUGACUCCGUCCCUCCUGGUUUUGAAACAAUGCAUCGGGGUCAGAUUCAAAGAAACAUUCCUUUAAUCAAAUGGCAAUGCCCCCCCAACCAAUGGUUGAAACCGGAAUGGCUAGUGGUCGCUGGAGAAGAAAGUCAGGAGAUUGCUUCGCAGGACCGCCGGCAGAUCGGAGUUCUGGAAGCCGUGUAUCCUCGUUUAUCUUCCAUACCUCCUGAUCCCUCCGUCUCUUCAGACGUCCAACAAGCUCCUUUCGACGAUUCACAAGCCAUUCUUAUUCCUAUAGUCGCCGUAGAAGACGAUGAUGCAGCAGAACUACCACCUAUUCUAUGGUUGACUGCAUUUUGGCAAAGUUCUAACACCACAAAGAUUGCUCCAUAUUAUUUCGGAGGAGCUUUGAAGUUGAACUUCGAUGAUAUCGUAAAUCAGAUGCUAAAUGAAGAAAUUCACAGAAAAGCAGCAAAAGUUGAAUCUUUUGGUUCUGCGUUGAAUGUUGAUAACAGAGAAAGAUAUGUGGAAAUAGAAAAUACUGGUGAUCAGGAAAAUGGAGAAAAAAAAAGUGCUCAACCAGAAGGAGCGUUGGAAGUUCUUCAGUUGCCUACUGCAGAAAUUAGAAGAUCCAUCAGAGCGAAACAACCCAUACAAAGGUUGCAGAAAAUUAUUGCACUUUCAACUUUAGAUGCCAAAUACAUUGCUAUUACUGAAACUAACAAGGAGAUGAAUUGA